AUGCGCAUUUGGGAGGAUAUAUCACAUGAUUUCAUCUCUGGUCUACCAAAAUCUCAAGGUUAUGAUGUGAUUUUAGUGGUGGUUAAUCAAUUGACUAAAUAUGCUCACUUCAUGCCUUUGUCCCAUCCUUACACUACUAAGCUAUUUUGCAAGGAAAUAGUCUGCCUCCACGGCAUGCCUCACUCUAUAGUCUCUGAUCGUGAUUCUUUCUUCUUGAGUGGACUCUGUUAUCAUGUAUCAGCUAGAAACACACCGUUCAAACUUGUAUAUGGAAGAGAACCCCCUCCACUUGUUCCAUAUGUCAAAGGCAAAACAGUAGUUGCAGAAUUAGAAGAGCAGUUGGAACUUCGGGAUGACAUGUUGAGGAUCUUGCGUGACAACUUGUUGAAAGCUCAAAAUCGCAUGAAGGUUCAGGCAGACCGCCACCGUUGUGACCUUCAAUUUGCACCGGGGGAUGUGGUGUGGUUAAGACUACAACCAUACCGUCAGAAAACAUUAGCUCGAAGAAAGUUUGAGAAGCUAUCUCCUGGGUUUUUUGGUCCCAUACAAGAUACUCCGUUGAAUUGGGUAGGUUGCUUAUGA